UAUCAAUACUCUGGUAGUCCUGGAGCUAGGCCUGCUCUUCUACCCUAAAGGUAUUCGAACCUUCACACUGCUCAGACUGGAGCUUACAAACCCCAAACAAGGCAGGAUGUACUCCAGCCGGGGUUCUAAGGAUUGUCAGGAGAGGAAUUCUAUUCUCUGUCUGGAGAACUCUGUAGUUCAACCUCUACUCACUGAUCUAUAUCAGAUCACAAUGGCGUAUGCGUACUGGAAGUCAGGGAAGAUAAAUGAUGUGGCAACCUUUGAUCUGUUUUUUAGGAAGAAUCCCUUUAAGGGCGAGUUUACGAUAUUCUGUGGAUUAUCUGAUUGUUUGGCUCUCCUGGAGAAUUUCCACUACUCGGAGUCAGACAUAUCUUAUAUAAGAACCGUUCUGCCUCCGACAGUGGAGGAGGAGUUCUUUAUAUUCCUCAAGCAGCUCAACCCGUCGGAGGUUCAAGUUUAUGCUCUGCCAGAAGGUUCUGUUUGUUUCCCUCGGAUUCCUCUGAUGCGCAUCUCUGGUCCUCUCAUCAUUAUACAACUACUGGAGACAACAUUUCUAACCUUGGUCAACUACUCCAGUCUUAUAGCUACCAACGCAGCCAGGUUCAACUUUUUAUUCUUUUCUCAAGGUACUUAUUCAACACAUGGCAACCAGCUUUUAGAUUUCCAAGUCUCAUCUAAACAGAGCUGGACCAGCUCUGAUUCUAAAGUUUUGUUUUGAUCAGGAGGUUUCGACGGAACGUCUAACGUGCUGGCCGGAAAGCUGUUUAAGAUCCCAGUAAAAGGAACGCAUGCGCACGCUUACGUCACAUCCUUCACUGGGUUGGAUGAACUUCAAACAAGAACUCUUUCCAGAUCUGCAGAUUCUGUAAAGGAUAAAGAGAAGGAAGAGGGAACUAAAAUGAAAGAAUUGAAAAAUGAAGGAAAGGAAGAUGGGGACGAAGGGAAAGAAAAUGGAGACGACGGAAAGGAAGAGGCGGACGAAGGAAAGGAAAAUGGAGACGACGGAAAGGAAGAUGGGGACGAAGGAAAGGAAGAUGGGGACGAAGGAAAGGAAGAUGGGGACGAAGGGGAGGAAGAUGGGGCUGAAGAAAAGGAAGAGGCGGACGAAGAAAAUGAAAAUGGAGACGAAGGAAAGGAAGAGAGGGACAAAGGAAAGGAAAAUGGGGACGAGGAAAAGAAUGCCGAAGAAACAAAUGAUGAAAAAGCAGAGGAUAAAGAUAAAGAAGAAGAAAAGGAUUUUGUUGAAAAAUGUCAGGAGUGGAGAAAUAAACUCGGAGAUAUCAUGAAUAUUCUUGCAAGCGAGGCACACGACGGAGAACUUGCAGCGUUCAUUAGUUACGCUCUAGCCUUCCCUCAAUCCUUCCUAGCUCUCAUCGAUACAUACGAUGUUACAAAGAGUGGAGUUCUCAACUUCUGCGCUGUGACUCUCGCCCUCCACGAUCUAGGUUACCGAGCUAUCGGAGUAAGGAUUGAUUCCGGAGAUCUUGCGUAUCUCUCCAGGGUUGUAAGAGAAACGUUUAUCCUUGUCUCAACAAAGCUGGGGCUGGAUUGGUUUGCAACUCUGCUAAUAACUGCUAGUAAUGACAUUAACGAGGAAACUAUUCUCUCUCUUAAUGAACAGGGACAUAAAAUCAACUGUUUUGGUAUUGGGACGCAUCUAGUGACCUGCCAACGUCAACCUGCUCUAGGCUGUGUCUUUAAACUGGUAGAAGUUAAUGGGAAACCAAAGAUUAAACUAUCUCAGGAUGUAUCUAAGAUUACUAUGCCUGGACAGAAGGAAGCCUACAGGUUGUACAGCAGUGAUGGACAUGCUCUGAUUGAUCUUCUCCAACUACCCGGAGAAACCCCUCCUCAGGUUGGAAGACGAGUUUUGUGUCGUCAUCCAUUCGAGGAGUCUAAGAGAGCAUACGUGAUGCCUCACAAGGUGGAACCUCUAUAUGUGCUGGUCUGGAGCGAUGGGAAGAUCUGUACUAAGAUGCCAACCUUGGAUCAGGUCCGAGCACAUGUUCAGAAGUCUCUGAGAAGUCUGAGAGAAGAUCAUAAACGAUCCUUGAACCCAACACCGUACAAGGUUGGAGUAUCUGAUGAUCUUUAUCAUUUUAUCCAUGAUCUGUGGCUUGAAAAUGCUCCGAUAGGAGAAUUAUCCUGACAAUCAUACACCCUGGAGUCAUCCAGGGUGGAUUCCCCCCGUACUGGUCGAACCAACAGUAUGCUCAACAUGUCUGACAACCUACCCUGCUCUCCUGAUGUAGUUUAAUGGGUUGACCGUAUACAUUCGACGUAUUAUAGUUGUUUGGAAUUUAAUAUUUAUAACCAACCUAUAACCUUGCACCCAGCUAACCCGGGAUAUUAAUGGCGUGUCUGGUCAAAUAUCUGGCGUGUAAACUGUACAGUACGACAGAAGUCGGACCGGCAUUCGUACUUGAGAUGAAUAGACGUGUUCCAUUAACCCGUAGUAUAUUUUUGUAAAUUAGAAAAUAUGAUAUUAUUUUGUAUAAAUCAGAUCGAUUGGAUCCAACUUCUAAAAGUUUCCUUAAAACUACGACAUUUAGAGAAAUAUGUUCGGAAGCUUUAAUCCUUGAAUCUGGUCGGAGUUCUGAUAUUUUACAUUAGAUUUAGCUUCAAGUUCAAUAUACAAGGUUACACACACAGGAUACCACUUCAUGUACUUCAACUGUACAUGUACAACUGUACAUGUACAACUGUACAUGUACAACUGUACAUGUACAACUGUACAUGUACAACUGUACAUGCACAACUCUACAGAAUUGAUCCUGUCAGUAUCCAUCCAUAUUUUCAUUUCUUUGCUAAAUUAUUCAAUAAGCCAGAAGACUUAAUUAAACCUUGGGAUUGCCAUAUUUUAAGAGUUUUGGGUCGUCUUUACAGUCUCAUCCUUUGUGGGUAACCCUGUAUAUAUAUAUAUAUAAAUACAU